GGGUGAGCGGGAGCGCCUCUGGCACUGUGUUUGGGUUGGGGCUGCAGGUUUGCGGGGUCACACUUCUCGGUCCCCACUGCCGAGGCUGGGCUGGGAACGGGAGCCGCGUCGCCUCGCUCGCACCUCCAAGGCCGUCUUCUGAGGCCUUGAGCCGAGCCCCAUCUGGCGCUCCUCCGCGCCCCCGCCCCAGUCCUAGCGCCCGAUAGCCGCCCCCAGCCCAGCCCAGCCCAGCAGGUCCGGGCCCCAUUGUCCCUGUCCCCACCGCGGCCACAGGCCCCUUGAGCCUCUCCUCUCCCCACUUCCCUUCGCAGGCAAGCCCCCCAACGCCUCUAGCAGCCGCUCUUCCCCUGUCUCGUCCGCGGAGGUGGUUGGUUACCAUGGUGAAGCUGGCGGCCAAAUGCAUCCUGGCAGAUCCAGCGGUGGGCAAGACCGCCCUGGCGCAGAUCUUCCGCAGCGACGGGGCCCAUUUCCAGAAGAACUACACCCUGACGACAGGGGUGGACUUGGUGGUGAAGACGGUGCCAGUUUCUGACACGGGGGACAGUGUGGAACUCUUCAUUUUUGACUCUGCCGGCAAGGAGCUGUUUUCUGAAAUGCUGGAUAAACUGUGGGAGAGUCCCAACGUCUUGUGUCUCGUCUAUGACGUGACCAACGAGCAGUCCUUCACCAACUGUAGCAAGUGGCUGGAGAAGGCUCGGUCACAGAUUCCAGGCACCUCCCUCCCAGGUGUGCUAGUGGGGAACAAGGCAGACCUGGCCAGCAGACGAGCGGUGGAUUCAGCUCAGGCCCGGGCGUGGGCCCUGGGCCAAGGCCUGGAAUGUUUUGAAACAUCCGUGAAGGAGAUGGAAAACUACGAAGCCCCGUUCCACUGCCUGGCCAAGCAGUUUCACCACCUGUACCGGGAGAAGGUGGAGGUUUUCCAGGCGCUGCUGUGAGGGCCGGGGGCGGGCAGCGCCCCACGACGGCACAGCGCCACUGGGGAGCUGGCGGGGACUCGGGCUCCUCGGGGAGGAGAGAAGCUGGAGCUGCCUCGACGACUUCCAAUGUAUCCUGACAGCUUUAAAUAAAAUGAGAAGAUGUAGGAGCCGCCA